CUUGUUCUGUGAGUUCUCUCCCCCGAUGGUCCUUCCUCGCACAAGCCCAUGCGACAACCACGAGUGCCUCAACGGUGCACAGUGCGUUGUCGUGGGAACAGACCCCCGCUGCCAGUGUCUCCAUGGCUAUGAGGGCGAGCGCUGUGAGACGCUCGUCAGCGUCAACUUUGUCAACCGCGAGUCCUACCUGCAACUUCCCUCCAGCCACCUCUCACCGGAGACAAACAUCAGCCUACAGAUUGCUACAGAUGAGGACAGUGGUGUGUUGUUGUAUAAAGGAGAUAACGAUCACAUCGCCAUGGAGCUGUACAGAGGACGUCUCAGGGUCAGCUACGAUACCGGAUCCUACCCUCCGUCUGCUAUAUACAGUGUGGAGACAGUGAAUGAUGGGAGCUUCCACGCUGUGGAGUUGGUAGCCUCAGACCAGACUUUGUCUCUGUCCAUUGACGGUGGGCCGCCCAAAUCCAUCAACUCCAUUAGCAAACAGUCCACACUCAACAUAGACUCUCCACUUUAUCUGGGAGGUAUGCCAGAACGUGCCUCGGCCUCAGGGGGUCUCUCAUCCCUGCAGCAUGGCUCAGGUGGACGUAAUGGCAGCAGCUUCCACGGCUGCCUUCGUAACCUCUACAUCAACGGGAAGCUUCAAGACCUGGGGGCCGGUCUGGGGCCAGGGGUACCGGGCACAGGGACCGCACAGAGCACCACCAGACAGUGGCUGGGCCACGGGGUGGAGCCAGGCUGCCAACCCUGCCAGAGAGGCGCCUGCGUCCAGGGUGACUGCCACCCAACGGGGCAUCGAGGCUUCACCUGCACCUGCCACCCCGGCUGGACAGGGACACUGUGUGACCAGCAAGUCAACAACCCCUGUGACGGCAACAAGUGUAUCCACGGUACCUGUCUUCCAAUCAACUCCUACUCUUACUCCUGCCGCUGCCAGCCCGGUUUCGCUGGCGUCCUCUGUGACGAGCAGGACCAGGACGCAGCCAACCCGUGUAGUCUGCCUCGCUGUAAACACGGAAAAUGUCGAGUGUCAGGGCUAGGGAAGGCGUACUGCGAGUGUAACAGCGGAUAUACAGGAGAGGCCUGCGACAGAGAGGUGGCCUGCCGAGGUGAACGGGUCCGAGAUGUCUACCAGAGACAGCAAGGCUACGCGGCGUGCCAAACCCAGGAGAAGGUCUCCCGUCUAGAGUGUCGGGGCAGCUGCCCGGGGGGAGCAGAAGGACAGGGCACCUGCUGCACCCCCCUCCGCAGCAAACGCAGGAAAUACACCUUCCAGUGCACCGAUGGCUCUUCUUUCGUACAGGAAGUGGAGAAGGUGGUCAAGUGUGGCUGUACAAAGUGUUCCUCAUAAAAAAAAUGUAUAAAAAUAGAAGAAAAAAAAAGAGACAACACCCUCGGCAGAUUUGCUCCCGUACAGAAAUGUUUUAUGUUCCUGCCCGCCUUACUUGACCCUCGUCUCCCUCGUCCAAGGUGUCCGACUCCUUCUGAGAAAAAACCUUCCACCCUCCACCAAACCUGUUUUUUAAAAACCCUUUGAAAGGCAAAAAAAAAAAAACAAGAGAAACAACGAAAAAAUUGUUUCUUUUCUUGUCAGUGCUGGACUGAUGAUCGAUGCUUCCUCGGUGGGGAUGUUGAAUUGUAUUGUAAAGUACAAAAACAGACUUAUUUUUUAUUAUGAAGUGGAGAAAAAGACAAAAAAAAAAA